GAAGAUUCUUUAAGCUCCUCUGAACAGUGAACCACCGAUUCUAUCUUUCUCUCUCUCUCUCUCUCUCUCUUCUCGAUUUAGCUUAAUCAUGGUUCUGCAAGUAUGGGAGACGUUGAAGGAAACGAUCACAGCUUACACCGGGCUUUCUCCAGCUGCGUUUUUCACCGUACUUGCUCUCGCUUUCGCCGUUUAUCAAGUCGUCUCCGGUUUCUUCGUCUCCCCCGAAGUUCACCGGCCUCGUUCUUUGGAGGUUCAGCCGGAAUCUGAGCCUCUUCCGCCGCCUGUUCAGCUCGGAGAAAUCACUGAGGAGGAUCUUAAGCUAUAUGACGGCGCCGAUUCUACAAAGCCCCUUCUUAUGGCCAUCAAGGGUCAGAUCUAUGAUGUUACUCAGAGCAGAAUGUUCUAUGGACCAGGCGGGCCAUAUGCUCUGUUUGCAGGGAAAGAUGCAAGCCGAGCUCUGGCAAAGAUGUCAUUUGAGGACCAAGACUUGACUGGAGAUAUCUCAGGCCUCGGUGCAUUUGAGCUAGAGGCGUUACAAGACUGGGAGUACAAGUUCAUGAGCAAGUAUGUCAAAGUGGGAACCAUUAAAAAGAAGGAUGAAGAAGGCAACCAAAGUUCAGAAGCUUCGGAAACAAAGGCUACCUCUGCAGAAGGUCUUUCUACAAACAGUGAACAAGAAGCUUCCGCAGUUACCAAUGAUGAAACUUCGAAAGGCAUAGACGAGAAAAUCACGGAGAAGAAGGAUGUUGCAAAUGAUGAUGAUGAUGAUGCUGCAAAGGAGUAAAGCCAAUGUAAUCUUGAGAAAGUAGUGGGAUUUUUCCAUGGUUUAAGUAUGAGUCGUAUAUAUAGCUCAAGGUGGAAGAAGCAAGCUGAAUAAAAAAUGGUGGCUUGGUGUGUACUUUUUGGAUCUUAUAUAAUGACAGCUCUAAUUCUGGUUAUGGAAGCUUCAAAUUUCAUUAUUUCUA